AGUCAAUGAUAUUACGUGAUGCAGUAGCGCGUGGAUUCUGAAAAAACCUUGGAUAACUGUUCCAAAGUGAGAUAUAGAAGAAAAAGGAGCUGUAUUCUUAGGCUUCCACAUUAAUAACUCCGAAUAAACUACCAACCAGUAUGAAAAAUUGGAUUAAUUAUAAUUAAGUUCGUGAAAAUUUGCUCUGGAAGCAGAGUUUGGACUAUUCAAAAUCAACUAAACGGCAACCGACUGAUUAAAUCGACUCGAUCCUCUUUCAGAAGAGAUAUUGGAAAGUUGUUGAUCUACAAAUUCAAUUUCCGACCAUGUUUCUUAAACUCACCCUACUUCUCGCCACUUUCUUCAUAUGCCGAACGACACUUAAUGCACAAAUUACCAAUGUCCGUGCAGUUGAUUAUUCGGCUGAGAAAUUCCGCACAGAAGUAGCAAAAAAAGAUCACUUCGUUAUGUUUUACACCUCGUGGUGCAUAUAUUCUCUGGAACUAAUGCCGACGUGGGAUCAACUGGCUUCAACACUCAACGGCAGUCAAAUUCAAAUCGCCAAAAUCGACUGUGAUCGAUAUGGUAGACUUUGCUGGCAGAACAGCGUCACGGGAUAUCCAACCCUAAAGUUCUUUAAAGCUGGUCAAUGGCCGGGUGUCAAGUACAUGGGAAAUCGGAGGUUGCACGACAUGAGGAAUUAUAUCGAUGAGCAAGAGGAAUUAAGCAGCCGCGAAUACAUCUUUGUUGGAAUGUGAUAAAUCAAACGUUGAAAUUGUUUAAUUAUGGUAUAAUCAACGUACAAAACAUUACCGUAUCACGUGAGAUGAUGUUGACCAACUGCCAACAAGUAGAGUAUAGGCCAUAUACAGACACGACGCGCAGGUCAACCAAUCAUCCAUCGGUCUGCCUUUUCGUCCCAGAGUUUACUUUGGAAAUUUCAAACUCUACGUUCAUACAGUUUCAAGCACCGUGCAGCCGACACGGCGAAUAUAUCGUUGUAGGAACUCUUAAUCUCGAAUAAUUAGUGCAUACUGUGUAUUCUCAUGGAAAUUAUUUACUGUCAGCAUGAAACUAUACUAUAGCAAACUAUUUAAAAAAAAAAAAAAACUAUCCAAAGCCGAAUAGUUUUAUUGAAGUACCAGUCGAUAUACCAUUUAAAUUAUACU